CACCCCUCCACGCACACAAAGCGACAACAAACAAACCAACCAUCAUGUUGGCGGAUGUGCCGCCUGGGUUCGCGGGUGCUGUCACCCACUUGUGCGGCCUGGAACAAGAGACGAUUGCCAUCUUGGCGCACGAAUCCAUCAACCACUUGACACACGAAGUCGAGUCUCCCCUGGACUUCAAUGCACUGACACAGAAAGCGAACGGAGUUGAAUCUGUCGCUCAAGACAUUGAUCGAAUCACGGCUGUCGUUCGUGCCCUCGUUCUCAUCUACAAGGAGGCAGCCAUUGCCCGCGUUGAGAUUGACAACUUUGGGCCAGCUCUCCGUGCUGUCUCUGGAACUUCGUGGACAUCAGCGGCGAUCAAAGCCCUGAAGGCGGUGUGGAAGGAGCGUGCGGCCGAGGCAGCAAAGGCGCUCUCUGUCACAAACGCUCUCUCCAUAGGCAAGGUGGUUGACGUGGACUGGAAGCUCGCAGUCACCACGAGCUCAAGGGCAUCAGAGGCGAUUUCGCGCGUGUACGCGACGUUGCAGUUGACCAUCGCCCGCCCGUCUGGCGACAGACAGCUUGUCUGCUUCGACGUCUCCCCAGCGCAACUCAAGGACACGAUCAAAGCCGUCGGGGACAUUUCAGCAGCCAUGGACACCGCAGUCUGACCCAAGGCUGCUCGCACACACCGCACAAUCAAGUGAAAUCGAGCCGUCAUUCUUCAUUCUUCUUUUUUUUCUUCUUGCUUCUUUGAUCUCACCCGUUACUCCACACACACCAAAGCACUGCCAUCAGUCCACGGUGUGCAUGUGUGUGAUGGCCACAGCAUCACCAAGCAAGUGUGCCCUAGCUCGUUUCUGCGCUUCAUGAGUAUCUCAUUGCCUCCGUUGCAAACAGCCCCCCCCCCUAAUGGCACCCUUUGUCCAGGUGGUCAUGGUCGACCGCCGCAUGAAACGAAUGCGUUUACUUGGCCACAGUCGUGUCACCAGCAACGUACCAGUGA